UGCAGCCGCAUCGCAUCACAGAUGGAAUGAAAGAAAAAGAAAACACACGGCAAACGGAUUUUUUCUCUGCUGCCUGCUUCACAGCACAGUUAAUUAUUGUUGGUUUUAGCGAAAAAAUAAAUUGUUUAAAUAGUUUUAAGUGCACAAAAAUAUUACAAAACUACGGGUUGAAAUCGAUUCUAUCAGUAAAAGUGAACAUUGCCGUGAAUUAUCCUGAGUUUUACCGUUUACAGUGCGAAUAGAUUCCGUCAGUGGUUGUUUUCGUUUCGCUGUUUGGUGUGACGCGAUUUUCGUUCGACGGUUGAUUAUGUUUGUUUUGCUGGCUUCGCAGUCGGAAUUUCUUUGUUAAAUAUAUUGGAAUUGCAUGAGUUUAGAAGUUCAAUGGAUAUUUAUACUGAAAGUAGUGGAGUAGAUUCAUCGCCUGAUAUGAAUUCAAGCGUCGAGCUACCGUCUCCAGAUCGAUCCGUCGUAAUGCCCCGAAAGCUUACCUUUGGAGCAUCGCCGGAUGAUGAAAAUAUUAGUGGAGAUUACCGGCGAGCUGCGUUGACAGUAAGUCCCCGGAAGCAGCCGUCGGUAUCUCCGCCGUACCGAAAAGUACGAGCUCUGCGGCUGUUUGAUUCGCCGGCAACCCCAAAGACAAUUAUUCAAAAGUCGACAAGUAAAUACAUGAAAGCACUUAUCAAUGCUACCACCAAAGAUGCGGAUUUGUUAGCGAACCCGAUCGAUGGGCACGAUCAAAUGAUUUACGAGAAACCUCGGGCAGUUCCCUUGCAUCGUAACUAUGAAAAUGUGAUGGCGUCGGCAAAUGUAAAUCCUUUCACGCCACCGGGAAUGUUCAUGAGAACGAAAAAGCGAACUCGUUCAGGUCAGGAUGGGAAUGAUAACUUGUUAAGCACUAGCUUCCCAGUUACUUUUACUUGUAACAAGGUAAACCAGCAGCCUACGCGGCAGAGCUGGGGCUUCUUUCAAACGCAGAAGCUUGUUAGUGAUACACUUAAAACAUCCAGCUUGCUAGAGGAUGAUUACGGCGAAGUACGACAGGCUCCGAAGCGAUUGGCACUUCAGGAUUCAAAUAUCUCUCGCUAUGAAAAGGAGUUCCUGGAACUGUCCCUACUCGGUGUUGGAGAGUUUGGAGAAGUCUACCAAUGUUUAAAUCGAUUGGAUGGAUGUGUGUAUGCGAUCAAGAAAAGUAUUAAACCGGUGGCAGGAAGUUCCUUUGAAAAGACGGCGUUAAACGAAGUAUAUGCGCAUGCUGUAUUAGGAAAGCAUGACAACGUCGUACGUUAUUACUCGGCGUGGGCCGAGAACAAUCACAUGCUUAUUCAGAAUGAAUUUUGCAAUGGAGGAAGUCUACAUACUCUGCUCCAGGAACGAAUCCUGAAAGAAUCUGAACUUCGAAUGCUGUUGCUGCACAUCGCCGAAGGACUCAAAUAUAUACACUCAAACGAUCUCGUGCAUAUGGAUCUGAAAGCUGGAAACAUUUUUCUCACCAAAGUACCAAUCCGACCGUCCUGCACAGGAGUGAUUCAUCAUCCUGAUAGUGCUGAUGAUGGCUUCGAAGACAUUUAUGAAGACUUGGACAACGAAUACAUGAUAACUUUCAAAAUUGGCGACCUUGGACACGUUACUUCGGUGAAUGAUCCCCAGGUUGAAGAAGGCGAUUGUCGUUACCUUCCGAACGAAAUUUUACAGGAAGAUUUUUCCAAUCUACCAAAAGCGGAUAUUUUUUCAUUGGGUAUCACGCUGUACGAAGCUGCCGGUGGAGGUCCCCUACCAAAGAAUGGACCCGAGUGGCAUAUGCUGCGUAAUGGUAACUUUCCCGACCUACCCGGAAUCAGCCGGGAGUUUAACGAGUUGAUCAAAAUGAUGAUGCAUCCCGAUCCUGAAAAGAGGCCAUCCUCCUCUACAAUUUUCAAUCAUCCGGUUCUAUCUCCCAUUGACUCCAAAAGCAAAGCUCAGCUUUGCCUAGAACUCAGCAUGGAGCGACAAAAGAACGAGGUACUCUUACGGAAGCUGAAGGAGCAGAGCAAAAUGCUCAAGUCGUACGAGCAGGCGCAGACACCAAAUACUCGCAAAUGUCGGCCCAACAGCUCCCGAGAACUAACCGUUUCGGACCGCAAGCUUCGUUCCUACUCACGUAAGAAACGUCCAACGAAUCUGAUUGCUGCGCGAAGGGGCAUUCGAGACAACAGCAAGAGCAAAGAAUAUUGAGCGAGGAAGAUCAACAACGAAGCCACUACAAAUGUCAUGACGCAGCCAAUCAGUCCACACGACUCGAUCGCAGGACCCACCCAUUGUUUUAUUUGGAAGACAUCAGAAACAUGCAGCCUAAUCGCGCGCGAUAAGAUAUAAUGAUCAAUAGUACCAUCGUUGCAAAAAAUGGGAAAAUAUGGAAUUUAUUUUAAAUAUCAAGUUACUGAUGGUUUCGGUGAAUCUCUGGAAACGAACAUUCCCAAUCAAGCCAUUGUCGAACAAUGUCUGUUCGAAUCUCACCGUCAUAUUCAUAAUGGUUCAUUUCUUUGUGGACCAUAUUUCUUUUGGGAUUAUUUUGAACCAUUGUUACAAAUCAAUGGCUCGAAUUAGAAGAAUAGGAUUAGGUUUAUAGUUGAGCAUAAGCUCGGUUGGUCUCCCUCUUGGCAUUCGCACUACAUGCCCAGUCCACUGGAAUGAGUUGUGCUUUAUUAACCUACCUGGGUCAGCAUGUUUAUGCACUUCAUACUCUAUCAAAUGCAACGACGUGUUAUGACCAGAUUACUACUGUCAAUUUGAAAGUGUUCUAAUGAGCCAUGUCACAUUUACGUGUUGAAAUUAUAGGUUACCCAACCUCUUUGAUGAUUCCGUUUUUGUUUUCAUACUACACAUGAAUAGUCAGACAAGUGAAAAAGCUGAUUACAUCCAAAUUUGAACUAGUGUAGAUGAUUUUACAAUAGUGUAAUGAUAAAUAAAAAUCUGUGACUAGAUUGCAUAGCUCUAGAAAUACAUCACUAUCUAAUAAUAUUUUCAUUUUCACAUUUGUACAACACCAGUGUAUCGAGCGUAAGGGAUAGAAGUAUUACUCUCAAGUUCGAACAAGUGAGGUGUAGAAAACGAAUAUGCCUAAGAACGGUUAGUUUCUAGAUGUAAUUUGUCUUAUCAAUAUCCUGAUAAAACAACAUCUCACUUUUCACUUAGUCAUAGGAGAAGUAAAACAGGAUACUUGAAGUCUGAUUUCAUGCUGUGAAUGAGAGAAACGUGUAAGUUAGAAAAAUCACAUAAAUAAACACCAACUAUUUUUGACAUUAGGUUUUGCUUAACCAAACAACGGUAAUAGGAGGUAUGGAAAUUUUGAAUCUUUUCUACUAUCCCACAAUUUUUCGCUUUUCAUGACUAAGAAUAGUUCUGAUUAGUUUUCAAAUCCCAUCAGUAACUAGGGAUUAAAAUUAAUUCUAUGUUUUUUCAUUGCAACGAAACAGCAGCACCGAAAGCAGAGGGAGCGUUUUUUCGACCAUCGAAAUUUUUUUUUUAGAAUUUUUAUUAAUCGACGUCAAUACUUUCUUGAAUUAAUUUUUAUUCACUCAUGUUUUUAGCGUUCUUUUAUUUGCCCAUAUUUCGACGAAUUUGUUUUUUUUUCUAAAUUUUUCCCCGCUUCCUUAAUUGUUAAAUGAAAAAAAAGUACACAAAAAUAUACAAUUUAGGUUUACCAUAAUUACAUUAAAGUGUUUCAAAAUAUUAUUAAUUUUUGGCAAAAGUUAAACUAAAUUAACGUAAGUGGUAAGUGUUCGAAAUGUUUAGAGAAACAAAUACAAAGGUAGUAAAACCAAAAAACAAGCUGUGACCCAUUUACAAAAAGUGUGUGCCUUUCUAAGAAAAGAUUAUGACUGUUACAACACAACAUGACCGGAUCUGAUGAUAACCCGAUAAUUAUUGUGAUUAGAAGCUCGUUUAUGUACGAAGAAAAUAACUAAAAACAAACUGACCAUUUAUGAAUGCGAAAGGUACAGGAAAACAACGUCAUACUAACAUACGAAUUCCAAGAAAGGAAGGUAAACAACACAAAAGAAUUUAACAAGGACGAAAAAUCCAAGUGAGAGAAAACGAGUGAGUGAAACGGAAAAAAAGAAAUUUGUGAUUUUACUACGUAAGCAUAAGAAACAAAACAAAAACAUAGAAGCAGGAUUUAUUUCUGUUCACACUGCAUUCAAAGAAAGUGAACGUGAGAAAUCCGAUAGUUCACGAUUAAGUUUCUUCCAUAUUUCAAACAGUCCAUUAGAGAGAGAUAGAGAAAGAGUGUGUGUAGAGCAGCCAGGAUAAGUGAUCAAUCCCGAUCAUCUGCAAACUGUCGGGCGAUAUGAUUUUGCCAUUUGCCAUAGAAGAAGCUGGUUCAGCUUCCGACGACGGGUAGUUUCGAAUCACUUCCGAUGCGUAUUAGUUACUAGUUGAUAAAUGAAAAAAAUGUUCCAAAAAGGUAUAUUUUGAUAAGUGAUUUUCAUCUAAUUAUAUAUAAGAAAAUAUUGUAAAACUGCUCGAAAGAGAAGAAAGAAGAUUCACAAUAAAGAGAUAUUGAUCA